UAUUCAAAAUUUGACUAGCUUGCUAAAAAAUGAAAAUACCUUGCUAUUUAUAACAAGCAUGCUAGAAUAUAGCUAAACAAAAAUUAAGAAUCAGCCCUCCUCCUUCCAUUUCAUUCUCUUUCACCAUGAAGAAGACAAUCUCAAAAGUUUCCAAGAUCUUCAACGGAGGCAAGAAGUCCAAGGAGGACGAGAGUGUUUCCUCCAUCACUCCCGCGCAACUGGUAGAAAUGAGGGGGAUGAUUCCUCCCAAUUAUCAAGUCCUUGAAGCCAAUGGAGUCACUUUGGAGCACAACCAAGACUCUUCACGUCGAUUGAUCGUCCACUAUGACUCGGUUAGGAUGGGGUGUCGCUUCCCUCUCCAUCCCCUUUUGGUCGAACUGUGUAACCGCUACGCCAUACCUCCCGGUCAAAUUUCCUCCAAUUCCCACGAGAGUCUUUUUGGCUUCUUGGCGCGGUGUCACAAGAGAGGCAUCCAACCCACUCUCAAGCUCUUCCUCUCUUUCUUCCGUCCUCACAAGUAUGAUGGCGAGUUGGGCCGGGGGUUCGUGAGCUUUACGGCCCGGACCGAUAUGCAGUUUUUGGAUAGCCCGGUCGACAAGCUCGACGAUUGGUUCCGCCGCUUCUUCGUGGUGGUAGUUCCCGAAGAUCUUCCCUUCCCCAACGUGUGGCGGAAGAAGGAAGAUAAGUUCCCUUCUCACCUUUUUCCCCCUCGCGACUCGGAGCUCGAGAGGGUCUUCCGUCUUUUUCGCAGGAACGGCUAUCCGGUUCCCCGCGCACUCCUUCUCAAGGACUCGUAUUUUUGGGGUCUCGGAUUCUGGGUGUCCCCCGAUGUUCCUCUUCAGGAGCCGUCGGGAGACACAACUUCCUCUUGGGUCCCUCCUUUCAGGAGCACUCGACUCCGCCGACGAUCUUCUCGAAGGGAUCCUUCCCCGGAGGAGGACACCGAGGGUGAGGAAGUGGAGUCCGCGACGGGGACCCUACCUCUGGUGCUUGCCCGCCAACCUCCCCCUUCGGAAGAGAUGGUGGUUGAGGACGUCUCCGAAGAUGAUGGCCUCUACGAUUUCCCUCCAAGGACCCUGGGGGUGUCCGGCCUUAUCCCCGGUGUUCCUCACACCCCUCUUUUUGGCAGGGGAACCUCUUCUUCGGCCCAGCCCAUGGGCCCACCUGAUUUUAUUCCUCAAACCAGUGGACCCCUUCCGAUGGGGCGCGUCACUGGUUCGCAAGGGUCCCUUGAGCCGCCCCACGUUCAAGUGGCCGGGAUUGGGAUCCCGUGCAGCACGGAAUCUCCCUGGGAAUAUUCCCCUUCCUCUGGCUGUGGGGGGGACGAAGCAAUUUCCCAACCCCAAACGUCCAAUAUCCUUAAUUUUGCAAAUUCUGCGGCGGAGAGUAUUUUUGGGACUCCCUUUGGUCAUGGGGCUGUCCCUCUCCCCGGAACAAAUAUUCAUCAAUCCUUUUUGGAGACGGAAGAGCUAAUUCGGUCCUCCAGUUUUGGGAAGGCCACCGUCCCCUCCUCCGUCCGUCCUGCUGCCAUCCCCGGUCCAUUGCUUCAGGAGACCGGGUCCUCCUCUUCUUCUCAAGCCCGCUACAAGAGGGGCUGGAACUCCACCCCUCUCCCUGGUUCUCUGGUGUCCGCCGGUCCUCCCCUAGGGACCGCCGAUGAUGGGUUUCUCGCUGGGCAAGGGGAGCAACCCUUCCCCUAUGCCCGGGAGGCCUAUCAAUUCACAGGAUACACGUCCUGGGUAGGGCGAGAUUUCAACAGCAAGCUUCAAGAAAUACAACAGCUCAAGAGGGACCAUCCUGAUGUGGUCCACAGUCCGGCCUGGCCAUUUAUGCAAGAGGAGUACACUCGUAUGGCGGAUUAUGUAGCCACUUCAUCUGCUCAGCGUCAUUCCCUUCGCUUAUUGGAUCGCAAUGCUGCUUUAUCAAAGGAGCUGAGGGAUCUCAAAUCUCGGCACUCUUUUUGCGUUGAGCGUCCGGAAUAUGAUCGGGUUUUGUCUGAGAAUGAUCAGCUCCACUCGGAUCGUGAGCGGCUUGCGGCCAAGGUCGGACAACGUGAUCUAAGCCGCAUUCACGAUCUCAAGGAGAUAGAAAUCCUGAGGAGGGACUUGGAGCGGCAGGUCAGAGAACGUGAAACCCAAGUUCGAGAGGAGGCAGAGCUUCACCGGAGGAGAUCAGAGGAAGAGCUGGAGCGAGUGUGGCGCCGUCGUUCCGAGGAGGAAGCGAGGAAAGCGGCGGAAGAGGUCGAGCAGAGGUGGCGCCUCCAACAUGAAGAAACUGAACGUCAACUCUCUCAAUGGGUCAACGAGCUAAACCUAACCCUUAUGGAGGAGAGGCGUUCAGCUCGGAGUUCCCUUGAUGAGGCCCGCCGCUCGCUCGAGAAUGAGCGUCUCACAUAUGAGGGACAUAUGGCUCGGAUGGAGGCUGAUCGCAUUUCAGACUAUGGCCGGGGUUUCUAUCGUGGGGGUCUAGAGGUCCAAGACCAAUUUUAUCGUGGACUGGAGCCUUACUCCGACGGACUAGAUCCUUGGCUGAAGUUUCUAGGGGUCCCAAAACCCAUGGGACCAGAGCCUUCUUUCCUUCGUUCUUCUCCCUCGCCUUGAAUUUUCAAGUCACUAUGUACUCUGUUUU